GCCUGGGAUAGGCUGAGGCGAGGGGAAGCCUCUCCCCCUUUCGCCGAGCUACCUAAACGCCCGGCGCUGGCUCGCCAGCUGUUUGUAGGCCUGGGUAAAGGGUGAGGGUCCGCGGGGGUAGGGCCGCCCGCGGCUCCGUCUGCGCUCUCACUGGACGAAGCGUCCGCCGUCUUCCGCCGCCCCUGCCUUCUGUCCAGGACCGGGCGCUGGGCGGGAGACUCCGGGGCGGCUGCCCGUGCUUCUGACUGACAAGCAGUGUUCCCACAGUCUGCUCUGCCCGCCACGUCCCCGGGUCUCGGCCGACGGCUCUGCGCGGCGGCUGACCUCUCCGAGCCCGGCGCGAUGACAGCGCCCUGCUCCCGGCUGGCCCGGGUUCCUCCGCGCCGCCGGCCGGGACUCGUGCCGUUCCCGCCGCCGCUGCUGCUGCUGCUGCUGCUGGCGGCCGCGGGGCCGGCGCACGGCUGGGAGAGCGGAGACCUGGAGUUAUUUGACUUGGUGGAGGAGGUGCAGCUCAACUUCUACCAGUUCCUCGGGGUGCAGCAGGAUGCUUCAUCUGCAGACAUUAGAAAAGCAUAUCGUAAGCUUUCACUAACUCUGCAUCCAGACAAGAAUAAAGAUGAAAAUGCAGAAACUCAAUUUAGACAAUUGGUGGCCAUUUAUGAAGUUUUAAAGGAUGAUGAACGAAGGCAGAGGUAUGAUGAUAUUCUGAUCAAUGGACUUCCAGAUUGGCGACAGCCUGUAUUCUACUACAGGCGGGUGAGAAAAAUGAGCAAUGCUGAGCUGGCAUUACUUUUGUUCAUUAUUCUCACAGUGGGUCAUUAUGCUGUGGUUUGGUCAAUCUACCUGGAAAAACAACUGGAUGAACUGCUCAGUAGAAAAAAGAGAGAAAAGAAAAAAAAGACAGGCGGCAAGACUAUGGAUGUAUCAAAACUUGGUGCUUCAGAAAAAAAUGAAAGGUUACUGGUGAAACCGCAGUGGCAUGAUUUGCUUCCCUGCAAGCUGGGAAUUUGGUUUUGCCUUACACUAAAAGCAUUGCCUCAUCUAAUCCAGGAUGCUGGGCAGUUUUAUGCUAAAUAUAAAGAAACAAGAUUGAAGGAAAAGGAAGAUGAAUUGACAAGAGCUGAACUUGAAACCCUUCAAAAACAGAAGAAAGUUAAAAUAAAAAAACCAAAACCUGAAUUUCCUGUAUAUACGCCUUUAGAAAGUACAUAUAUUCAAUCUUAUGAUCAUGGAACUUCUAUAGAAGAAAUUGAGGAGCAAGUGGAUGACUGGUUAGAAAACAGGAACAGAACACAGAAAAAACAGGCACCUGAAUGGACAGAAGAGGACCUCAGCCAGCUGACAAGAAGUAUGGUGAAGUUCCCAGGAGGGACCCCAGGUCGAUGGGAAAAGAUUGCCCACGAAUUGGGUCGAUCCGUGACAGAUGUGACAACCAAAGCCAAGCAGCUGAAGGAUUCAGUUACCUGCUCCCCAGGGAUGGUCAGGCUCUCGGAACUCAGAUCCACAGCUCAGAGCCCCAGGCCCACCAGGCCCACCGCAGCCUUGCCAGACAGCAUCAUCACCCAGCGGGAAGAGGCCCAGUCGGCCGAGGAGGAGGAGGAGGAGGCGGCGGCCGAGCCGGGGGCAGAGGCCGCGGAGGAGAGCCGGCCGCGGAGGCGGAGGCCCGCCCGGCCCCCCGAGCCGGAGGAGCGCGUCCGGGGGAAGAGGCAGAAGGACUUCGACCUGUCAGAGCAGCAGUCCAGUGACGAGGAGAGCCAGCAGAGAGCGCGCGCGCGCGCCGCAGAGGAGCCCUGGACUCAGAACCAACAGAAGCUUCUGGAACUAGCGCUACAGCAGUACCCGAGGGGAUCCUCUGACCGCUGGGACAAGAUAGCCAAGUGUGUCCCGUCCAAGAGCAAGGAAGACUGUAUCGCCAGAUACAAGCUGCUGGUUGAACUGGUUCAAAAGAAAAAACAAGCUAGAAGCUGAAUCCUCUGGAAGAUGUUGUUUACCUCCAUUUUCCAAAAGGAUUAUUUUUAAAAUCUUAUGCAGAAAUUUACAUUUUGUACCUCAGUAUUUCUAUACGUCAUGUGCCUUAGUGAAAAAAAAAUUAAAAUUUUAAAAUAAACGUUGUGCUAUAUUGUUUAAACAUACUGUGUUAACAGAAAAACAGAUUUGGGUAUUUUAUAGAUUAUUUUCUCUCUCAUCACUGCAAAGCUUAAUUUCCUGGGGACAGACAGAAUAGUGCUUUUCUAACAGUCAGGCAAAUGUAUGAAGGAACAUGAGUAAACUAAUGUGUAAGAAUUAAAACAUAAUGUUUCUUUGACCAAAGAUCACACCCGUUGAUGUGUAGCAGGAUGCUGGUGUUUUUAUUGAGCUAGCUAGCAGUAAUGUGGGGUUAUCUUAACUCUAUGUAUUAAUAUGUAGAUUAAUAUAUGUAAUUAUAAUAUAUGGAUACAUUAUAUGUAUCUUAAAAAAAAAGUCUAGAUGCACACGGACAUAGGUAAUAAACUGUGAUUUGCAGAAAUACAUCCCCAACUAUAGAAUUUCCAGAGAACACAUAGGCAAUGUUUUUAGGAUAUGAUGACUUUGGGUCCCACUUUUCAAUAUCCAAGUUAAAAGUCACUAUUUUGUGCUGUUAAUUUUGAAUGAACCGUCACCAUCAACUGUGCACUCCUUUUUAAAUAUGUCAUUUGCUCAGGACUUGGAAAUAGUUUGCUAAAGUACAAACUGCCUAAACUUAAAAACCAUUAAGAUCACCAGGACACAUUU